CGUCAUGGCAAACAAGUUCCAUGGCUCUUCCUUUAGGAACUCUUCUCCCAACAACCCUAAGUUCAUCCAAAUCAUUACUUCCUCAGAUGAGUUAUGCCGUCUCAGGAUUCCAGUAGUAUUUGCCAAAAGACAUUGCAAGAACAUGUUAAACCCCGUGUUUCUUGAGGCUCCCCAUGGAAAAGCAUGGGAGGUUGAAGUGGAAAAUUCUCAAGGCCAAAUUUGGCUAGCCAAAGGAUGGAAAGAUUUCUGUGGCUAUUACUCAAUAACCGUCAGGAGCUUAUUAAUCUUCACAUACAACCCGCGUUCUCACUUUGAUGUCGCUAUAUAUGAUCAGAGUACAACAGAAAUUGAAUAUCCAAUAGAUCAAGAGAUUGAAUCAGAUGAAGAUAUUCCAGUCCUCCAAGCUAAUGCUAAUGUAAUCGACGAAGAUAUUCCAGUCCUCCAAGCUAAUGCUAAUGUAAUCGAGGAAGAUAUUCCAGAAGAUAUCCCAGUCCUCCAAGCUAAUGCUAAUGUAAUCGAGGAAGAAGAGGAAGAUAUUCCAGUUAACCUUCAAACUAAUGCUAAUGUAAUCAUCGAGGAAGAAGAGGAAGAUCUUCCAAUUAACCUUCAAACUAAUGCUAAUGUAAUUGAGCAAGGUAAGUAA